GUGCUAGCCGUCAAUCGUCAAGUCAAAUAAGCAAUUUUGAUAGUUUCGAAUUUUUGUUUUAUCUUGAUAACUUUCGCAUACUAUAAAUAAACCAGUAUUUAUCAACAUAGCACAAUGGCCAGCGAGAGCAGUUCGGCUGUGUUGGACCUAAACGACGCAGAUGCAACGGACACAGACGCUCCGAGCGUGAUGGACGUGGAUGAGGUCCCAGAUGGAGCGCCACUGAUCAUGGAGCAUGGAUACGACAUUGCUGUCAAGGUGGAUGCUCCAAUGAAACAGCUGUCAACUCUUGAAACGUUCGUUACGUAUCGUGUCCGAUGCGUCUGCGCACGUUGGACUACACCGCCACACGUCAGGCGACGCUAUAACCAUUUUAAGCUCCUCCACAAGCGUCUGGCCGCGUCUCACCCGCUGGUGGCGCCGCCCCCGCUGCCCCCCCUACACUCGGCGCGGCAGCAGCUCGACCGCUACUCGCCGGCCUUCGUCGCGGUGCGGUGUCUCGCUCUCCACUCAUUCCUCGAUCGCAUCGCGAAACAUCCAAUUUUAACUCACAGUGAAGACUUCAGACUUUUCUUGACAACGCCCGAUGAAGAACUGGACAAGGUUUUCAAAAGCGAAAACAGCGCUUUAAACCUUUGGGGUCUAAGCAACGCGCUGUACGGCAGCGGUGAAGCGAAGCCCGCUAACGGUGCGAGAGUAAAGGAUCCGGAGUUCAGUUCGGCGGCGGACUACUUGCAGUCGCUACAGCAGAAGUUGACCACUCUCUGCACACUGACCACCAAAUUAUAUAAGGGCUCAGUGUCUCUGAGUAGUGAACUUAUGGGCAUGCGGCGCGCGUGCGACGCGUGGGCGGUGUCGGCGGGCGGGCGCUGCGCGGGCGCGCUGGCGGGCUGCGGCGCGGGCGCGGGCGCGGCGGGCGCGGCGCGCGCGGCGGCCCCGCUGCGCCACCGCGCCGCGCUGCCCGCGCUCGCCGCCUACGCGCACGCGCACGUCGACAAGAUCCGCGCGCGCGACGCGCUGCACGCCGCGUACGUGUCCGGCAACAACACGACGGACGAAGUCCACAAUAGAUUGGAGCAAGCUUCAGAGGCGUUACGUUCCGAACUCUCCGAUUGGAUACCAAAAACGCACGCAGAAAUCAAGUCGUUAUUACUAGACUUAGCAGACAGACAAGUGAACAUACACACACAGACUCUAAUGGGCUGGGAGCACGCCCUGAAACUUUCCACGGACGAUAUAUCCGAAAUGUUCAAGACAGUGUCGAAAACGGCCGUGCAAAAUCUCUCGCCGUCGAAAUGCCGAAGUUUGACGACGCCAAACGAAACCGAGCAAGAUAUAGACGACAUUGACAAUUACAGCAACGAUUCAGAUCUACAGGAUGUUUCAAAAGAUGACAUACAGCAUGUUUCAAAAGAUGACGUACAGGACGUUUCGAACGAUGACAUACAGGAUCCGAAGGAUGAAAGUCACGUGCAAGAGUGCGUCAAGGUUCAGAACGGUGACGAUUACGGGAAAUUGGACUCUAUAUCGAAGGAGGACAGUUCGAAGUCGGAUUCGAGGUUUUCGGACCCAUUGCAGGAAUUCUCUGAAGUCGAUCUCUCAUGAUUCUGCGAUACAUUGUUUUGUAAUGUUAUAAAAGAUUUUUAAAAUUCCAAAAUUCUUUGUGUUGUAGUCAUGAUUUCAUCCCGUUAAAUUGCAAGUUUCGUAUAGUAGCCUCAAUACUUGGAUAUUAAUUUGUAUUGACAAUUAUACUUAACCAACCCCCCCCCCCCUCCAAAUUCUACUUCAAUAAUCAAUUAAAAGUUUAUUUGCGUAAAAGCUUUCAAGUUUUACGUUAGCAUAUUCUAAAAGAACUUUUGGAUCGACUUUUCCCAAUAUUGAAUGUAGAGCUACCGGUCCGAAAUGUAGAUUCUUAUGUAUAUAACCGGUUAGAUAUUCGGUGGUUUCCCCUUUUGUCCAAUAAAAACACUUGUGAAACAAAUGAGAUUCAAUUUAAAAGAAUGUCGCAAAGGAUUAUUGGAAGACGAAAUUAAGUUACCUUAAACUAGUGUUGGAUAUCGAACGAUUGUCUAUCGAUAGUUAGAAAGUUAUUUGCAAUAGUAUCGAUACACUAUCGAUAUUAUCGUCACCUAUUAAUACUGCCGAGCCGAGAUGGCCCAGUGG